ACAAACCAGCCCAGCGCUAUCUGAGGACCCGGAUGAUCCGCCCUCGGCGCAAGGCCGGAAGCGGGCGGGAUGAACCGGAAGGAGGUGCAAUGCUUUUCGUGAGCGCUCCAAGGCUCUGAAGAUGGCGGUUGCUGCGUGGCUUCAGCUGUUGCCUGUCAUUCUUCUCGGGAGACAGCAGUUCCCACUGUCGCUUUUCGCUGCAGGACCGGCAUCCGUGUCUGCUGCCGAUAGAUCCAAGUGGCACAUUCCGAUACCGUCUGGAAAAAAUUAUUUUAGUUUUGGAAAGAUCCUCUUCAGAAAUACCACUAUCUUCUUGAAAUUUGAUGGAGAACCUUGUGAUCAGUCUUUAAAUAUAACCUGGUUUCUGAAAAGUGCUGACUGUUACAAUGAAAUCUACAACUUUAAGGCAGAAGAAGUAGAGACAUAUUUGGAAAAACGUAAGGAAAAAAGAGACUUGUCUGGAAAAUACCAAACAUCAUCAAAAUUGUUCCAAAACUGCAGUGAACUCUUUAAAACACAGAGCUUUUCUGGGGAGUCUAUGCACCGGCUGCCUCUCUUAGGAGAAAAACAGGAGGUUAAGGAGAAUGGAACAAAUCUUACCUUUACUGGAGAAAGAACUGCACUGCAUGAACCGCUGCAAACUUGGCAGGAUGCACCAUACAUUUUUAUUGUGCACGUUGGUAUUUCUUCCUCAAAGGAAUCAUCAAAAGAAAGUUCACUACGUAAUCUUUUCACCAUGACAGUUGAAGUGAAGGGUCCCUAUGGAUAUCUCACACUGGAAGACUAUCCUCUGAUGAUUUUCUUCAUGGUGAUGUGUAUCGUAUAUGUCCUGUUCGGUGUUUUGUGGCUGGCAUGGUCUGCCUGCUACUGGAGAGAUCUCCUGAGAAUUCAGUUUUGGAUUGGUGUUGUCAUCUUCUUGGGAAUGUUUGAGAAAGCUGUCUUCUAUGCAGAAUUUCAGAAUAUUCGUUAUGAAGGAGAAUGUGUUCAAGGGGCCUUGAUCCUUGCAGAGCUGCUUUCGGCAGUCAAACGCUCUCUGGCUCGAACCCUGGUCAUCAUAGUCAGUCUGGGAUAUGGCAUAGUCAAGCCUCGCCUUGGAGUCACUCUUCACAAGGUAGUGGUGGCAGGAGCUCUCUAUCUUUUGUUCUCUGGCAUGGAAGGAGUCCUCAGAGUUACUGGGUAUUUUUCUUACUCUUUGGCUUCGAUUCUAAGCCUGGCCCUCUCAGCAACUGAUGCCUGUAUUAUUUUAUGGAUAUUUAUUAGCCUGACUCAAACAAUGAAGCUAUUAAAACUUCGGAGGAAUGUGGUAAAACUCUCGUUGUACCGACAUUUUACCAACACACUCAUCUUGGCAGUGGCUGCAUCUAUUGUGUUUAUCAUCUGGACCACCAUGAAGUUCAGGAUAGUGACUUGUCAGUCGGACUGGCGGGAGCUAUGGGUGGAUGAUGCCAUCUGGCGAUUGCUGUUCUCCAUGAUCCUGUUUGUCAUCAUGAUUCUCUGGCGACCAUCAGCAAAUAACCAAAGGUUUGCCUUUUCACCAUUGUCUGAGGAAGAUGAAGAAGAUGAACAAAAGGAACCUAUGUUGAAAGAAAGCUUUGAAGGAAUGAAAAUGAGAAGUACUAAACAAGAACCAAACGGAAACAGUAAAGUAAAUAAAACACAGGAAGAUGAUUUGAAGUGGGUAGAAGAGAAUGUUCCUUCUUCUGUAACAGAUGUAGCACUUCCAGCCCUUCUGGAUUCAGAUGAGGAACGAAUGAUCACACACUUUGAACGGUCCAAAAUGGAGUAAAGAAUGGGAAGAUUUGCAGUUGAAGAUGGCUAGUAUCAAGGAAGAGAUUGGCUUCUAUAAGUGUCUUCUACAGUGUUCCUCAGGAUUAAAGGAGACAGUGACAUUCUGAUCUGUUUCUUGAUCUUUGUAUAUUGGAGCCAGUGAGAGGUGUCAGAACAAGUUGAAUAUCUUACUGAAACCAUGCUCAUAGGAUAAGAAAAACCUACAAGCUUCUUAUUUACAACAUUGAUGCCCUUUCCCUCCCAAACUCUGACAUGGAUGCUUAUACAACAUAUGUGUCGUUCCUCAA